UUGGAGGAAUUGAGUGUUUAUUUCGUCUGAUUCCAAGAAAAGUUCGCAGCUUGAUUUGUCAGCAAAUUAUCACAGACCCACGUCAUUUAGCAACAUUUCUUCUCAUCAAGGACAGUAAUUUUGAAACUGACUGUAGAACAUUUUUAAACAAUUUGAAUUCUUCAUUAGGAGAAAGAAAAAGGGUAAUGUCUAUACCAUGUAUCAGUGUACAGUUAGGAAGCAGAUCACUUCAGAAACCUUCUGAUCAAGGCUACAAUGAAUUUUGGGUUGAUUUUAAUUAUGGAAGUCAGAGAAUAACAGUAUUUUGUGAGCAGGAUUCACUGCUGCAGUGCUCACAGGCAGAAGAAGAUGACUUAUGGGAGACUGUCAGUAUUUUACGUACCGAUAUUAAUUCUUACACAUUUACAGAGUCCAAUCAUACUGUGUGUGGUAUAUUUGAAUUGACAGCAGAUGUCACUGAGGUUUUCUCUCAGAUGAGGAAUAUUGAAGGAAAUAAAUUAAUUAUAGUUGCUGAUCAGGCUUAUAACUUGCCAUCAGCGGUUAAUAAAACUGUGAGUCAGUUUGAAAAGUCUGGGAGGAAAGCCUCAGCAGUAUGUAAACCAUUGGAUAUCAAGUUAUCUGAUUCAAGUCUCCCUAAACCACAGAAACCAUCAAACAUUGAUCCAGAGGUAGUUGCUAGCAGUCAAAUGAGUGUUGCUUCAAAUGGAGUUGAUGGAACACAGAGACGGCAUAAAGUAUCUGUACCCUUUUUACCAAUGUCAACCCCAGCUAGUACUAUAUCCAUCAAAGAGACUCUUAAAUCAAGAGAAAAGAUGCCAGCAGAGUCAGAGCUCAGAAUUCAGAAUGUAAAAACCAACAUUGCUCUGGCUACAGUUAAACCAAACUCAUCAAGCAUGUAUUCUCCAAGAACACCUAUUGUAAACCAAAAUCUAUCCAAGAAAAGGGUUAAAACUCCUAUCGUUGUAUUGGAACCAGAUAAAAAAGUGAAAGAAAAAACUACCAAGACAUCAGAUGAUUUUAGCCAUGAUGCCAACAAAGAAAAUCUACCUCCAAAAGAAUAUGAUGAUGUCAUCAUCCCGGACUCCUUACCUUCACAGUCUAUGAAAUGUCAUGAGAAAAAACAAAACAUCAGGAAGUUAAGAGAAGUUGAUAGUGGUAUAUGUCUUGUUGAACCUGAUCAGUUAGAUAAGUCAGUCAGAGAUAUACAUGUGAAACAGGUACCAACUAUUGCUGAUAAACAAGUAAAUCCUAAACAAAGAGUCACCAGAUCUCAACUGAUGUCUGUGGCAGAAGCAACUAAACUCUGUAUGGAAUCAGAUGACAAUAUAAGUGAUCUAUCAUCAGAAAUAGCUGGUGUUGAAGAAGACAAAUCAUUAGAAAUCAUUCUAGAGGAAAAUGUCAAUAAGGCUUCUCUAGAAACAAGGAAUACAGAAUGUCUAGCUCAAAAUCCAAAGAGUUUAUUGCCGAAGCAGAACAAAUUUAGUCCAAUCAUGUCAAACAAAAGCUAUAAUUACAAACAUUGUGAAGAACAGGAAGUAAGAUCUCACCCUAAACAAUCUUUUUCUAAUGAAACUUACAAAAAGAACCCACAAAAAUGUGAAAAUCCAAUUUCUAAGAAAUGCCAUGAUUCUUUAGAUUCAAAUAAAACUAAAUAUGGAAAAGGUAAAUUAAUUGCCAAUUCAAAAUGCAACACAGAUCAAUCUAAGAAUAACACAGGUAACAAAAAUUCUGUUCUGUCAAAUAAUUCUAAUGUUAAAACCGAUUCAAGGAAAAAUGAUAAAAGCGGUGCUACACUGUCAAAUUUGAGUGACUAUUCAACCAAGCCUGUAUAUGGAAAGGGGAAGAGCAUUUCUAGUUUUUCGAGUCCUUCAAGGACUGUAAGUGAAGCUGAAUUAGAGAGUAAUUCAACUAAUAUUACUAACACUAAAUAUGCAAAAGGAAAAACAUUGUACCAUUUUGAUAAACCAUUGUGUGACACUCCAGCUUCUGUAAAACAACCCUUGAGAUAUUCUCUUAACAUUUCAAAAGGUAGAAAAACUGGUUCCAAAUUAUUGACACAAGUGAAUAAAAGUAAAUCAGAGAAUGAUAUAAAUUUAGAUGAUGUAAAUUCCAGCCAAUAUAGGAGAACUACCAGACUACAAUCGAAAAGUACUAAAAAGGAUAUUGAUUUAGACUCUGAACAAAAAAAACCACAGGCAGUGAAAAUUAAAAAAGCAGAAAAGGAGACAGAAGUUCAAAAUAUAAAACAAACUGAAUUCAAGGCACAAAAUGAAAAUAAAAGAAAUUACAAAAAUAAGGCAGGAACAUCAAAAACUGUUGAUCAGAGCUCUACACGGUCAUUGCGCAGGCGUAAAGCAGAAGAAAAUACAUCAAUUCAACAGGAUGUAAGCCUGUUUAGAAGCCAAAGUGCCGAAAGUAUCCACAGGGAAAGUCCAAAGAAAGUAUUAAGAAAGGAAAACCGUCAGACACACUCCACCCAAAUGAGCUCAACUAAAAAAGCUUUCUUUUUUGAAACUAGAACUGUGGUGACAAACUCUUAUAGAAGUUCAAAUUUUGUAGAAAGAAAUGAAAGUAAACAAAUUGAUGAAGAUCCAUAUAAUUUUGAUGAUGCCUUUUCUGACUCUCAAAAUACACUUCCUAUCAAUAAAUCCAAAAGUGAGAAAAAUAAAUUUUUCAAAGGUAGACAGAAGGAAGAUGAUACAAACAGAAAAAAUGACUCUUGUGUUAUGAAAAAGAAAAGUAGUGACAAAACUGAAAGUGAAGAACAAUCUUUGUGGCGACAUCAGAAAAAUAAUGCAAAACCAUAUACAGGAUUUUCUGAUGAUGAAGAUGAAAGUACAGAACAAAAAUUUAAAAAUAAAACAAAAACAAAAUCAUUGAAUGAAAGUGUGACUAUGGACAUUGGAUCUAUUCAGUCAAGUAAAUCACUUCCAAAUUUGAUGAGAAGUGUGAAUGUAAGUGCUGCAGAUUUACAAGUAUCUCGUGCUCCACGUUCUGCUAAAACAAAUCAAACUUAUUACAUCAGUUCUAAUUCCAAUAGCCCCUUGCAGGAAAAUCUCCCUGCAAAAAACAAAGAUGUUCAUAAAGAUACCACUUCUAAACAUAAACAAAACACAUUGCUAUUAGAUGAAACACAAAAGAAACAGGAUUCUGAUCAGUUUACAAUAUUCAACAGAGAUUCGUGGGGAAAGAAAAAAUCAGUUGAGAAAACACCAAGAUUUGAUCUAAAUCUGUCUAAAUCUACUUUACCAACACCAGUAACAUGUCAUGCCUCUAAUAAAGAUGAUAAAAAUAAAACAGGAGCCGUUGAAACAUUUACUGCUAUGUGCACUGGCUUGAUAUUAGAUUCUAAACAGAGAGAUAGAAUGAAAUUAAAAUCAAAUGAGUCCAAACAAUGCAGUUUCAAGUCAUGUGAAACAUUAAAAAAUGAUGAUAUUUCCAGUAGAAAAUCGAUAGAUGGAAGGUCUGAAGUAAGUUGGCUGGAGAAAAAAUCAUCAGGAAAAAGAAAGAAAUUUAAGAAAACAUACCAUAAAGAUAGAUCUAUUGACAAACACAAACAACAAGUCAACAGACAUAGAAACAAAGAAUUAGAAUCAUCAGAAGAACAAGCUGAAACCUCAGAAGAAGAGGAGGAAGUCUCUGUUACAAAGCUGAUUUCAAAUAUGAAAAACAUUUGUAAAGGAAAAGAAACACCAAAAAUUGUGCCUGUGAUCACAUCAAAUAUAAGUAAUUCCAUUACUUCUAAAACAGGUAUUUCCAAGUUUAAGGAUUCAAGUUCUACACCAAAGAUUACCAGUAAAGAAACACCCAUGAUUAGGAAUACAGAUACACGUACACCAAGGAGUGUUAUUCAAGCUUUCAGAAAGGAGAUGAGCCCCCAAGUCACUAGAACACCCCUUACACCCGGUCUGCCUUCUCUUUGUAUAGUUUCAGAAGAUGCUGCAACAGCUCCAAACUUUGUCCAAUUAAAGAAACACAGAAACAAAUCACAAAAGAAACAAUAUCAGGAGAGUGAUGAAGAUGAUAAGAUUAAUAUAGAAGAUGCUAGUCAACCGAUUUCCAUGAUAGAUAGUCAACCUACUAUUACAAGUCAAAGUACAUCAUCUGAACCACAUAUAGAACCUACAUCAACACAGAUACUCUCACUAGAAGAACUCUUAAAGAUGGCUACACCUAAACAUAUCCAGGUACAUAUUUUAUGA